AUGAGAAGGCAAGGAGAAAAAGGCAAUGAGAAGGCAAGGAGAAGUCAAGGGAAUGAGCGGAGACCAGAGAAGGCAAGGAGAAGGAGGCAAGGAGAAGAAGGCAAGGAGAAGAAGGCAAGGAGUAGAAGGCAAGGAGUAGAAGGCAAGGAGAAGAAGGCAAGGAGAAGAAGGCAAGGAGAAGAAGGCAAGGAGAAGAAGGCAAGGAGAAGAAGGCAAGGAGAAGAAGGCAAGGAGAAGAAGGCAAGGAGAAGAAGGCAAGGAGAAGAAGGCAAGGAGAAGAAGGCAAGGAGAAGAAGGCAAGGAGAAGAAGGCAAGGAGAAGAAGGCAAGGAGAAGAAGGCAAGGAGAAGAAGGCAAGGAGAAGAAGGCAAGGAGAAGAAGGCAAGGAGAAGAAGGCAAGGAGAAGAAGGCAAGGAGAAGAAGGCAAGGAGAAGAAGGCAAGGAGAAGAAGGCAAGGAGUAGAAGAAGGCAAGGAGAAGAAGGCAAGGAGAAGAAGGCAAGGAGAAGAAGGCAAGGAGAAGAAGGCAAGGAGAAGAAGGCAAGGAGAAGAAGGCAAGGAGAAGAAGGCAAGGAGAAGAAGGCAAGGAGAAGAAGGCAAGGAGAAGAAGGCAAGGAGAAGAAGGCAAGGAGAAGAAGGCAAGGAGAAGAAGGCAAGGAGAAGAAGGCAAGGAGAAGAAGGCAAGGAGAAGAAGGCAAGGAGAAGAAGGCAAGGAGAAGAAGGCAAGGAGAAGAAGGCAAGGAGAAGAAGGCAAGGAGAAGAAGGCAAGGAGAAGAAGGCAAGGAGAAGAAGGCAAGGAGAAGAAGGCAAGGAGAAGAAGGCAAGGAGAAGAAGGCAAGGAGAAGAAGGCAAGGAGAAGAAGGCAAGGAGAAGAAGGCAAGGAGAAGAAGGCAAGGAGAAGAAGGCAAGGAGAAGAAGGCAAGGAGAAGAAGGCAAGGAGAAGAAGGCAAGGAGAAGAAGGCAAGGAGAAGAAGGCAAGGAGAAGAAGGCAAGGAGAAGAAGGCAAGGAGAAGAAGGCAAGGAGAAGAAGGCAAGGAGAAGAAGGCAAGGAGAAGAAGGCAAGGAGAAGAAGGCAAGGAGAAGAAGGCAAGGAGAAGAAGGCAAGGAGAAGAAGGCAAGGAGAAGAAGGCAAGGAGAAGAAGGCAAGGGAAAGAGUAA